AUGGAUGGUCAUUCUGAACAGCCUACGUAUUAUGAAAUACAUGACGCCGAAACGAAUGCCUAUCGUAUUACCUGGGGGCUAGGAGUUUUCAAGGAACGUUUCCAGCGGAGAUAUCCCGUGAAUACCGAUGCUAUACAAUUGAUCGGUGAAGUGGAACAGGCUCUUCGGGAUGACCAUGGUGGGAGACUCCCUUGUGAUGUUCUUUCUUUCUGGUGUUGGCAGCGCCUACGCCGUAUUUCAGAUCGCCGAACCUUUGCUACGCCGGAGGAAAAAAACGCAAUGGUAGCAAUAUAUGAAAGAUGGAAGGACGAAGCCUGGAUUAAGGAACAGUUUUGGGCGAUCAAAAAUGCAGCGUAUCUUGAUAGUAGCGGGUUUCCUGAUUCAAGGCUGAAACGGUUGUCAGAUGAAGAUUGCGUGCCGGUACUCCAGUCUUUGCGCGACUGGCUUGCAAAACGUAAGAACGGUCAAGUUUAUUAA